AUGGACCCUCCACAAUCAUCUAGACCACAGGACGAGCAAGUAGAGCAUGGUGUAGACCAAACCAAUCCACCGGCACCGCCUGCACCUCCGCAGAAUCCGGGGGAUAAUGCGGGGGUUGGCAAUGCUAAUCCUCCUGCUGACUGGCAGCAGAUGUUCCAUGAAAUGCGAGGUAUCAUACUUCGUCAAGAGGAAGAGUUGCGUCGAUUAAGGCAACCGGCACCGGCUGCCCCUGUUGAGCAAGUGUUACCACCAGUGCCUGUGCCAGUGGUGGGUAACCAGGGGUUUAUGAUGCCGCAUAGAGAUUCCGUGUUUGAGCGGUUUGUGAAGCUGCAACCUCCUACUUUUCUGGGAGGUACUGACAUAAUUAAAGCUGAGCAAUGGAUGAGUACAAUCACCCGUAUCCUUGAUAAUAUGGGAGUGACGGGAACAGAGAGAGUGAAUUGUGCAGCUUUCAUGUUACAAGAUCAUGCCCGCGUCUGGUGGGAUAUUGUGGGACAGACUCGUGAUGUCAAUGUAAUGACUUGGGAUGAGUUUAAGAAUUUGUUUGAAGAAAAAUUUUAUAACAUCGCUGUGAGGACUUCACACAUGGAAGACUUUGUGAAAUUAACUCAGGGGAAGAUGUCUGUGGCCGAAUACACUCUAGAGUUUGAUCGGCUGUCCAAGUUUGCUGGUGAUCUGGUGCCCACAGAUUUCACCAGGAAACAGAAAUAUGUGAGAGGACUGAAUGCCACAAUCAGUCGGGACUUGAAGAUUACCACUACUCAUGACACUUUGUACAAGAAAGUGGUAGAGCUAGCCUUAAUUGCUGAGGAGGCUGAGCAUCAGGUAAUAAAGGAGCAGACUGCAAAGGAUGUUGUCACGGCAUCGAACCCUGCUGCUAGUGGUAAUAUCAGUAAAGGGACCGACAGUGGUAACACUGAUCACAAACGAAAGGUUGAUGCUUCCGGAACAUCAGGGGGUAACAGGAAGUUUCGGGGAAAACAGAGGUGGCCGCCAGGGUCGCGGAUCUUCAUUCCGAUCUUAUCCUGAGUGUCCAAAAUGCAAGAAACACCAUCAGGGUGAAUGUCGGGCCAAGACUUGUUUCCAGUGUGGCAUGGUGGGCCACUUCAUCAGAGAUUGUCCUCAGACUAAGAAAGAGGAGCCUAAGAAGAAUGUUACUCAGAACCCGGGACGACUUUUUACCAUGACUCAGGCUGAUGCUGAUGCUAGUCCGUCAGUGGUGACAGGAAAGGGUAAAUCUAUCUCUGAUCAGCCAUGAGUAUGGGAGUUGGGCGAUGUAUGUACAUGUUCGGGCCACACUAGACCAAGCGGGUUAGGGUCUACCUGCGUUGAAACUUUUGUAACUCUAUUUUUGCCGCUUAGGUCGGCUAGGGAGAAAAGACUUGUAAUAUUUUGUAAAAUGAUUUUUUUUGGGAUCCCGAAACAUGUAACUUUUGUUUGUAAGGUUAAAAUUAUUACAAGUUUAUUUUCAUUC